AUUCUAGUCUAGCUUAUAAAUGAAAGGAACCCAUUGGAAGGAUACCCAAAUCCUUUAGAUUAGAUCAGUUUCAUGUCAAUCAAUGGCAGCCAUCUUCAAGAAUACCUGGUAUAUAUAUACAAGAACAAGAAGCAUAGAGCCGCUAGUAUAUGCUUGAAUUCCUGAGCCACCAUGUUCAAGUUACUUGCAGUUCUCCCGGUACUCUUCUUGAGUUUUGCAAUGGCAUGGGCGCAGCCAGCCAAUGUGACUGGCACGAGCUUCCAGCUUGUUGCCCUUAGUCGGGUACCUGAUGGGGACGCUGGCAAUGGCUCUUCCUACACCGUCAAGGACCUGCGCCCGUUGGCCUUGGCGCCGUCCGACUAUGUGCAUGGCGUGUUCGUGUCGAUCGGCACCGGACAAGGCGGCAGGCGGAAGGUCCUUGCGCUUGACACCUCCACCAGCACGUCAUGGGUGAUGUGUGAGCCGUGUCGUCCACCGUUGCAUCAAGUCGGCAGACUCUUCUCGCCGGCUGCGUCACCCACGUUCCAUGGUGUCCACAGCAAUGACCCUGUCUGCGUCCCACCUUACCACCGCCUCCACUCGGCCAACGGGUGCUCCUUCGCCUUCCCUUCCGCCACCGGGUACCUCGCACGCGACACCUUCCACCUGCGUCAUAGCGGGCGAAGUGCUGUGAAGUCAAUUUCUGGUGUGGCGUUUGGUUGCGCGCACGCCACCACUGGGUUCUACAACGAGGACAUCCUCGGCGGGGUGCUCUCCCUCAGCCCCUCGCCACUCUCGUUCCUGACGCAGUUUGGUUCGCGCGCCGGCGGGAGGUUCUCCUAUUGCCUACCCGAUCCCACCACCUCGCGCAACCCCGGUGGCUUCAUCCAGUUUGGCAUAGAAGUCCCAAGCCUGCCGCGGGACGCCCACACGACCACCCUCACCGCGAGUGCCUCGGGCUACCACCUCAGCCUCAUCGGCAUCAGCCUAGGGAACAAGCGCCUUGACAUCGACAGACAUGUCUUCACCAGGCACGGCUGCAGCAUCAACCCCGCUGAGACCAUCACCAAGAUAGUGGAGCCAGCGUACCUUGUCGUGGCGAGAGAGCUGGUGGCACAGAUGAAUGAGCUAGGAUCAAAGCAGGUGAAGGGGCCACCCGGCGGCCCGCUCGUCUUCAACAAGAUUUCCAGGACGGUGCGGACGCGGCUCCCCAGCAUGGUGUUCCACUUCGCGGAUGGCGGUGACAUGUGGUUCACGGCGGGGAAGCUGUUUCAGGUGAUUGGCACGACAUCACGGUUCUUGGUCGAGGGCCAUGGGUCCCACCGGACGGUGAUCGGCGCUGCGCAGCAGGUGAAUGCACGGUUCAUCUUCAACGUUGCUGCGGGGAGGCUGACCUUCGCGGAGGAGCUGUGCAGUAGGGAUGCAGCGUAGGUCUGUUCAUGUUGUAUUCUGGAAAAUAAUUGCCAAUUCACAUUCAUAGAGUCAAUGAAAACGACAUCUAUCAAAAAAAAUUCAGAACUUCCAAAAUUGGAUGAGAAGGGAUGCAUCUUCCAAAAUGCUCCCCACACCCUGUCUGCAGUAAUUUCCAAGGUAGUUGAGGUGACAGGGCCAGCUUCUUGCAUCCUGCCAUACAAACAAAAAUGUCGCACUUGACUUGAGACCUGGCUAAGUUGCGUUCAAUGACGAAUGCUACCUGUUGCCUUUCAGCUUAUAGAUCUUAACUUGCAUAUUGUUUGCUCUUGCACUCCUCACACUACGACGGCAUUAACCUCCAUGGAAAUCUUUUUUCAUCUCUUCCACUGGAGAUGUGUAUGUAGUACAGUAGCUUUUACUGGAACGAUUCUCUGCUGAAACCUGAAAUGAGAUCCAUGAUAAUAUUUGCUGUCAUUGAACCUCGAUUGGGACACAGUAACCACUUCUUGCAUUAGUUUUCCUAGUAUCAAAUAUGUAGUAUUGAUUUCGUCUGGUGUGUGGCCGUCUGAUACCGGCGUGCUGUCCUAUUUAGGCAUGCUUAUGUUUUUCUUACUUUUGGUUCGUCUUAGUUGAUCUGGUCUUUCCUUAUUUGUCUGUUGAGAUGGUGUGUGAGAAAUUGCAUGAAGUGUCUUCUUGUUUGGUGAUCUUACUGGUCUUUGUAGUUCUUUUGGCAUCGGUUUUUACCUGCUUUACUUUGCUGUUUAUCGUGCUCAGAUUAAUUUUCAUGUUAGAUCUGAGGGUGCCGAGGGUUUAGUGUUGUAGAGAUUCCUGAUAUGUCUAGAGGCUAUCCAUAUUGAUAAUCUGUAUAUGUAAUUUGCAAGUGAUGUAUAAUGUAUGCUGCAUAUAAAAUUUUCACAAGUAACUGCAAUUUCAGGGCAAUGCCAAGAUUUGUUUUCUCAGAAGAGCAUAUAUUUCUAUGAUGCAUGCACGCUUGUAUAUGAUGUGCUAUAUGCCGAAUUUUCUCCUGUUGCUUGCAUACAAACGAAAUAUGAUCCUGUUACUUGCAUACAAACGAAAUAUGAUCCUGUUGCUUGCAUACAAAUGAAAUAUGAUCCUGUUGCCUGGAUAUAUAUGAUCUCUUUUGACAACAUGAUCUGCAACUUUGACCACCACACAUUGCAGAUUUUGAAACAGUACACCAUUGGCUUGAUACCAUUGCUGGUUACUCCCUCUGUUCAUUUUUAUAAGACGUUUCAGACAGCAGACAUUGUACUGUUUUGACUGCUGUCUGAAAUGGCUACAGCAUCUUAUAAAAGUGAGCAAGAGGGAGUAGAUGACAACUAGUAUGUGAGAUAUGCAAAGUAUAGAAAAUAAAGCCCCAAGUUGUCAGUUUUUUAUGUGUUAUUUUACAUGCAAAUGAAUUGAUUAUUGCUGGUUUCACUGGCACAUAUCUGAGCUGACCUACCGCUGUCGCAACCAGCACAGCCGAUUGAUUGAUUGAUGAUGCCUUUUGUUAUUGAAUUGCUCAUGUUUCCUGGUCUGCUUAUGUGUGUUAGAAUCCUUUCUUUCACCGUCUCACACUAGGAUAGCCCUUCCUGUCAUAAUUGAUAGGGCUUGUGUGCUACGCAAUACAUGGCAAUUAGGUGCUUCACCUCUUAGUUAUAGUGAAUGCUCUGUUUCCUGUGAGGCUGAGAUGUGCACAUGAAACUGCACAUAGACCACCCUAUACUCUAUUGCUGGACAAUCACUCUUUAUACGGCCAUUUCGGCUGUUGUUGAUAUUCUCCUUCCAAAUGCUGUUUUUUCUUUUGCGAGGGCCUUUGAAAUGUUCUUUACAUGCCUUUGAAAUGCUCUGUUGUCUACUAGCAGAGAUGAAGACUUUAUAAGACCGACAUGAUAGCUAUCAUAUUGCCAUUCAGUAUGAAAUUACAACCUGUAGGUACCGGCUCGGAAUACGUGUAAUUACAGUUUUACAUGACUGGGGGAUUGUUAUUACAGUUCAGUAAUAUGGUUAGAAAAAUCAUGCAUCAGUAUUAAGCAAGUGUGAAGGAGAUGUUUAUGCAAAUCAUAAAUUCAAGUACCAUAAAUCUAUUAAGCAACAUGUUUAUCUCCAGAGCAUGUGCAGGAGAUCACAGUUUUACAACUGAAAUGCUUGAUGUGUGACUAGCAAGCUAUUAUGCAUGUAUUGUAUGCUGCCUGUAGAAUUUGUGCUCUCACCUGAGCAUCUUGGUUGCACUUGCAUCUAAUAUAACGAUCUGCAUCAAGAGUGCCACUUGUUAGCACAAUAGAUCUGAACCUGCAUAUUGUUUGCUCCUGCACUCCUCAAAUUGCAAAGUUACUUUCCUCCACACAUCUCUUCCGCUAGAUGAACUGUACUUAGCAACUCUUACUGGAAUUAUUGGUCUGCUGAAACCUGGAGUGAAAUCCAUGAGAACAUUGCUGUCAAUACUGAACCUCAAUUGGGACACCGUAACAUCUCCUUGCAUUACUUCUCUUAUUAUAUCUAUAUGCACUAUGAUCUUGUCUGGUGCACGGCCAUCUGCUACCGGUGUCCCCCACCGGGCAUAUCUGCUAUGGUGUCCUAUUUGUUCAGGCAUGCUCGAGUUUGGCAGAAGACAUACUUGUUUGGUCAUCUUGCUGCUGUUCAUAUUUGCUUGGUAUUGGUUUUUCCCCCUUGCCAUGUUCAGAUUAUUUUUCUGUUCUUUUUUCCCUUUUGUGUUAGGUCUUAGGUGCCGAGGGUUUAAUGUCGGAGAGGUUCCUGAUGUGUCUAGAGGCUAUCCAUACCGAUAAUCUGUAUAUGCAAUUUGCAAGUGAUGUAAGAUGUAUGCUGCAUAUAAGUUUUGCUCAAGUAACUAUGCAGUUUCAUGUCAAGGCCAAACAUCUUUUCUCAAGAGAGCACAUAAUAUUUCUCAGAUGCACGCCUACUUGUAUAUGAUCUGCAAUAUGCUGAAUUCGCUCCUGUCGCUUGCAUACAUAUGAAAUAUGAUCCUGUUGCUUGCAUAUGUAUGAUCCCUUUUGACGACAUGAUCUGCUAGAUGUGAACUUUGGAACGCCAUCCACCACCAGUCCACGAUUCAGUGAAGAUAUUGAAACAGCACACCGUUAACCUGAUACCACUGCUGGUUAGAUGACAGGUAGGUGGAAACCAAGUUGUCAUUUUUUUUAUGUAGUGUUAUUCCACAGGGGAAUAACUUGGUCAUUGCUGGUUUCACUGGCACAUAUCUGAGUUGACAAUCACAACCAGCACAGGCGGUUGACUGAUUGAUGUUGCUUUUUGUUGCUGAAUUGCUCAUGUUCCUUGUUGGUUAAUUGCUUCACCAUCUCACGCUUUCAUAGCCCUUCCUGUCAUAAUUGAUAGGGUUCGUGUGGUAAGCAACAGUACUCCCUCUGUAAACAAAUAUACGAGUGUUUAGAUCACUAUUUUAGUGAUCUAAAUGCUCUUAUAUUUCUUUACGGAGGGAGUACAUGACAAUUAUUUGCUCACUUCUUAGUUAUAGUGGAUGCUCUGUUUCUUGUGAGGCUGAGAUGUGCACAUAAAACUACACAUAGACCACUAUAUACUCUACUGCCGGACAAUCUCUUUAUAGGGCCAUUUCGCCUAUUGUUGAUAUUGCCCUUUCAAAUGCAUUUUUUUGCGAGUGCCUUUGAGGUGCUGUAUACAUGCAUCACCCCAGGCCUGAAUAGCUCUGCCCUAAAUAGCUAAAGGUAAAAAUACAACCAAGCUCAGUGUCUCAGUGAUGAGAUGAAGUGCAUUGACAACCGUAGCAAAAGGCCAUAUUUCAGGAGAAUUACAAAUUAAAUAUUUUGCAAACCAAAAUUAAGUUUCUAAAAAUUAUGUGGUCUAAUACUCUGAACUUGUCAGCCCAUCAUGAACUUUCAUUUCUCAUGAAA